AUGGCCCUCAGCUUAGCCUUUGACAAGACAACAGGCCAGAAUGCUGCCUUACAGCUUAGCAACAACUUAAAAUUGGCUUUUGCUCAAGAGCUAGCGGAUGCCAAAGUCAAGUUAACCGUUAACACAGAUGCCACGACUCCUGAACUGACAGUUUCUGGCUCUGAGUUCCGUUUGUUCAAUGCUAACGCUAUUUUAAGGUACGUUUUAGACGACUUUGAGGGCGUGCAUUCUCAGGAGACCCAUUACGCCGUUUCCUCUUUGGAAGCCAUGUUGUAUCACCCCAAUGCUCCUCAGGUUCACAUCCAAGAAACUGUAACCAAAGCUUUGGAGAACUACCUAACAGAUCUUCAGGAAACGCCCUGUGCUACCAGAUUGAUUACUUUCGCUAAUGUCUACGCUUUGAGUCCCUCCAUGGUGGAAUCGAAAUUUAAAGAAAUGCCCGUGCUCUUCUCCUCCGCUAUCACUAUUGCCAAAUCGAAAUGUACGAGGACCUCUUUCAAUGCAAAGCACACCGGUGCUGUCAAGAUUGACACCAAUUUUGCAGUUAAGAAACCUUCUGGUGAAAUUCUCCCAAAAGACGGUGAACGUAACAUUUUGAUUACAUCGGCAUUGCCAUAUGUGAACAAUGUCCCUCAUUUGGGGAACAUUGUCGGCAGCGUGUUGUCAGCAGAUAUCUAUGCUCGUUACUGCAAGGCCAAAAACUACAAUACUUUAUUUGUCUGUGGUACUGAUGAGUAUGGUACUGCUACCGAGACUAAGGCUCUAGAAGAGAAAUGUUCGCCACAGGAGUUGUGUGACAAAUAUCACAAGAUCCACAAAGAAGUUUAUGACUGGUUUCAAAUCGGUUUCGAUCAUUUCGGCAGAACCACCACCGAGCAGCAAACAGAUAUCGCGCAAGGAAUCUUCAAGAACUUGGAGAACAACGGCUUUUUGGAGGAGCACUCUAUGAAGCAACUUUAUUGCGAAGUUCACAAAGCUUACUUAGCAGAUAGAUACGUUGAGGGUACUUGUCCUAAAUGUAGCUACGAAGAUGCACGUGGUGAUCAGUGCGACAAAUGUGGCGCUCUAUUAGAUCCUUUCGAGCUGAUCGAUCCUCGCUGUAAAUUGGACGGCAGUACACCACUUCCACGCUUUUCGGAUCACGUAUUCCUCUCUUUGGAUAAACUCGAACCCAGAAUCAAAGCUUGGGUCGAAAAAUCAUCAACUGAGGGUGGGUGGAGCAAAAACUCGAAAACCAUCACCAAUUCCUGGCUAAAGGAAGGUCUUCAACCUCGUUGCAUUACUAGAGAUCUUGUGUGGGGAACUCAAGUACCAAUGGAGAAGUACAAGGAUAAAGUCCUAUACGUUUGGUUUGAUGCUCCGAUCGGAUAUGUUUCUAUCACUGCCAAUUACACUAAGGGUUGGGAAAAGUGGUGGAAGAACCCACAAAACGUUGACUUGUAUCAAUUCAUGGGCAAAGACAAUGUUCCAUUUCACACGGUUAUUUUCCCUGGAUCUCAACUAGGUACCGGCGAAGAUUGGACCAUGUUGCACCAUUUGAGCACAACGGAAUACUUACAAUAUGAGGGAGGUAAAUUCUCAAAGAGUAGGGGUGUCGGUGUCUUUGGUAACAAUGCUAAAGAGACUGGUGUUUCGCCUAGUGUGUGGAGAUACUAUCUGGCUUCUAUUAGGCCUGAAUCUAGUGACUCGCACUUUUCGUGGAACGAUUUCGUCGCGAGAAACAACAGUGAACUGUUGGCCAACCUUGGUAACUUUGUGAACAGGUUAGUUAAAUUUGUCAACGCCAAAUACAACGGCGUGGUUCCUGAGUUUGACACAAAUCAUCUGGUCGAUUUCAAGAAGGUGGAAGAGGAUUUAAACACCAUUUUGGUCAGCUACAACACGGAAAUGGAACAAUCUCAUGAGAGACGAGGAUUAGAGCUAGCAAUGGCUUUAAGUGCCCGCGGUAACUUGUUUUUGCAAGACAACAAGCUCGAUAAUACUCUUUUCUCUGAAUCUCCAGACAAGUCUGAUGCCGUCGUGGGUGUCGGCUUGAACAUUAUUUACGCUGUGACAUCUCUCAUUUACCCUUUCAUGCCUGAAACAGCUGAAAUCAUAUACAGGAUGUUGAACGCACCAGAGCUUAGAAUUGGCAGUUCUUUCAACCUAUGUAUACAAGGUGGGCAUAACAUAAACAAGGCCGAGUACUUGUUCAAGCGCAUCGACGAGAAAGAAAUUGAUCAAUGGAGAAGCAAGUACGGAGGUCAACAUAAUUGA